GGGAGUGUUGUUUGUCAAUCGUUAAUCUAUGAAGACCUCCCACAAUGAUCCGUCUCCAGGAUAAAAGCCAUUUCCCGCUAAUCAACGUGUUCGAUUUAAAAAAAGCUAUUCACUUUUAUGGGUUAUUCUUCAACACGRAAGAGAAGCAUCACUCACUCCACUGCACCCGUCACCUUACUUCSCUCGAAAGGCGAGGAGGUUUAAUCAAAUAACCGCGCAAGUCCCUGAAUAAGUGACGAUUUCAAAGCUUGAUGCGGUCAUGGACCGACUUUCAGCGACUGGAUACCAACUUAUCUCAACAUAUAUGUGUUUUCUUAUACUAUUUGGAGGGUCUAUUCAAAUAGUUACUUUCCUAGUCCUCAUACGAUCUACCGAUCUCAAGUCCAAGUCCUUAACGCCAUAUUUGAUCAAUGUAGUAGCAGCAAACAUGGUUAUGAUAGUGGGAAGUUUUCCAUCGACGUUGGCUUCAUCCAUUGUCAAUGAGUGGGCUUUCAACGAUGCUGCGUGUCGUGUAGUAGGUUUUCUAGGUGGUAUAGCUGCCAUAUCGAUGAUCGCCACGAUGACUUGCAUAACAGUUAAAAUAUAUAAUACUCUYGUUUCACGUGGAUUAUCUAAGCCAUCGCCAAACAAUCGCAACUUGGUGGAGUACAAAUUUAUAUCAUUGAUUUGGYUGUACUCAAUUCUUGGCAUGCUACCUCCUUUAGCAGGUUGGACAAGAACGAUCAAGGAAGCUGCSGAUAUGAGUUGCGCACCAAAUUGGAAGGCCGAGGACACACCAGACCUUGUAUACAUAUUAUUUUUAACUYUUUUGUCGUACAUUAUACCAGUUUCAAUAGCAAGCGUUUACCAUUGGAAAAUCAACAAAGCAAUUAAUGAACAUCUCAAAACAGUCUCUCGAUUUUCAAGCGCGCAGAGGCAACUGGAAGGUUUUCGUAACAUCAGCAAAAUGUCUGGUUUGGCAAUCGUAGCAUUUACGAUCACUUGGUUGCCAUAUUGYGYUUAUGCUCUCAUUUCAGCUUUCGGAGGAUCGCAUCUGAUUGAUACCAAGACGGGAUUAAUUGCGUGUCUUGUGGCUAAAUCAAGCAUUCUAUACAAUCCUUUURUAUAUGCACUAGUCAACCCAAGAUUUCGAGCAGAUGUGUUGGCUUUACUCAAGAUAAAACAACCGCUACCAAGCAACCAGGAAUACGACUCACUUCAAGCUCAAACUGAUCGCUCACUUAGACCGCGUGGAGAAGGUGACAACAAUGGCAGCCAAAGUGGUUUCUCUCUCCCAUCUUUUUUCGUGAGGAGGGCUGGGAAUACUCGCAGAGAGCCUCGUGUUCUUUUUGUCCGAUGUGAAGCUUCAGGAAGUAGCGUUCACAGUGUUGUAAGUAGCAAUGUCCUCCAAGAUAGUCAAGUGUAACUAUGGACUAAAAUUCCCUUGUGUCCGCAUUCAGGAACAUUCUGGUCUAAUUAAUCCAGGGUAAUUAAUGUAUAGGGUAAUUAUUCAAGGGUUUACUAUACAUAGGUUUUUAAAAGUUAGGAGGAACCGACGGGUUGUUGGGAAAAAUAUAUCUGUUCUUAUGUCCAAGCCAGCUGUAAGUCACACUGGUUGCCCUUAAGGAAGAAAGAAUUCUCCAGGCAAGGAAUACUUUCUAAAACAAUUUUUCCAGGA